AUGUGGCUGAUUUUUUUAUUAGUUGCUUUCAUAAUAUUUGUCUUUUACCGACCUUUUAAAUUUUGGAUCAUUGAUCCAUGGCUCAUUCAUCGUGAUCUGUGGGCUCAAGGCAUUCCAGGACGUCACAUUCCCAUCGUAGGCGAGAUACUAAAUUUUCGUAAAAGUAUUCAAGACGAAAAUCCACUUGGGUAUGGUGCAGCUUUAGCAGCAAAAUUUGGCGAUUAUUAUCAUGUUUCUUUCGGUCCUACUGCUCGUUUAGACACAUGUGAUCCUGAGUUGAUUAAUGGUGUCCUUAAAACUAAUGCUCGUUGUUAUCACAAAGCUUAUAUUAUGCGACUAGUUCUCGGAGUACUAUUGGGUAAUAAGAAUCUUCUGAUGGCUGAAGAUGACAUACACGCUCAACAUCGUCGUUUAAUAGCACCCGUAUUUCAACACCAAAAUAUGAAUUCUAUGAUAUCACUUAUGAUCGAUGUUACAAAAAAUCUUAUGAAAAAAUGGUCAACUGCUGCUGAUGUUGCUCGUCAAGACAAUAAGCCAUUAGUACUCAAUAUACACGAGGAGAUGGCUAAUUUAACAUUAGAUAUCGUUACAAGUUGUGUAUUCGGUACAGAGAUUGUGUCUGAUGAAAAAAUGCACCACACAAUUUACCGUAUCAUAUCCGAAUCGCUUGAACUAAUGGAAAAACGUUUGUAUAAUAUGACUGCUAUCAUUCCAAUUGUUAAUCGUCUACCUUUGCCAAGCAAGCGUUGUAUCGAUAAAUGUCUUCGUGAAGGAAAAAGUCUCGUUCGACAAAUAGUCGAUAACCGUAGGAAAGGUUUGACUAAAUCAGCAUGUAAAGGUCCUGAUUUGCUCGAUCUACUUUUGGCAGCAUCUAGCAGUGACAAAACGAAUAAACUCACUGACGAAGAAGUCUACGAAGAGGCAUUAACCUUUGUUGCUGCUGGACACGAGACGACGUCGACACUAAUGACUUGGACUCUUUACAAUCUGGCAAACAAUCCCGAUAUCUGUCGUCAGCUAGAAGCCGAAGUUGAUUCGGUGCUGAGUCAAGUCGAUGAAAUAACACCAGCAACUCUAUCACUUUUGACUUAUACCGAAGCCGUAGUGAAAGAAUCAUUACGACUUCAUCAGCCAGUACCUGCAAUAGUUCGUAUGGCGGUUAAAGAUAAUACAUUAGUUGCCAGCGAUGGUAAAGAAAUCCAUAUCAAGAAAGGAACUGGCAUUUUUAUCAAUUUCUACAUGUUGCAUCAUUCAGAAAAAUAUUGGCAUGAACCAUUCAAAUUCGAUCCAUCGAGAUUCGAUAACAAACAAUCAGAUAAACUAAUCUUACCGUUCUCUGCAGGACCUCGUUCAUGUAUUGGCCAAAAUUUUGCUAUGCUAGAAGCCAAAAUAAUGUUAGCAUUGCUCGUUCGACACUUCCGUUUCGAACUUGAACCUGGUCAAAAAUUUACACCGAAGAUUAUCGUCACUAUGAGGCCGAAAUACGGCAUGUGGAUGCAAGUUUCACCUCGAACGUAA